GGGAGAUAAACCGAUUUUACUCCAAGAGCGGGUAAAUCAACACAUUUGAAAUGUUAGAACAAAUGUUCAAAUUUGUAACAUUGCUUGCUUUCACUGAAAGACUGCCAACUGGAUAAGGUGAAUACAAUGACAAGUCACAAUGAAUGGCUGUAUCAUCCCUGGGACUGACAUUGCAGUGGAUUUUUGGAAGAUUAGGAAAGAACCUACCUCACAUCUCACCUUUUUUCUCACCCAUCUCCAUGGGGACCAUAUUGUAGGUUUGACAUCCUCCUGGUCUCGUCCAAUCUACUGUACAGAGGUGACUGCUCAGUUGCUAGAGAAGCGACAUGGCCUUCACCCCAAGUACCUACGGCCUCUGGAGGUGGGGGAAUGUCACAUGAUCACAACCGGUGGGGAAAUGGAGACAGUUUCAGUGACAGUCAUCGAUGCCAACCACUGCCCUGGUGCAGCCAUGUUUUUGUUUGAGGGAGUUUUUGGAAAGAUUCUACAUACAGGGGAUUUCAGAUACCACCCCACCAUGUUUUGCAAAACAAGCCCCCUAUCACCUCACAUUGAAACUAUUGACGUCCUCUACAUGGACAACACCUUCUGCAGCCCUGAAUGCAUGUUCCCAUCCCGUGAAGAAGCCCGAGAACAGAUCCUGGACAUCAUCAGACAACAUCCCGAUCAUGACAUCGUCAUCGGCAUGAGGAAGCUGGGCAAGGAGGAUCUCCUGGUGUGGUUGGCAGAACAACUCCAGGAAUGGAUCUCCGUCAGUGGAGAUACAUUUGUUAUGACCGAGAUCCUUAACCUACCAAGAGUGUUCCUUGUUCAGGAUUCAACCUGCAGGAUCAGAACUGUACCUUUCCAGAUGAUCUGUAAGAGAAAGAUGCAGAAAUGGAAUGCUAUCAAACAGACCCUUGCAAUCCUGCCUACUUCUAUCUACACUGGCAUAGGUGGACAACCGUAUGUGAAUCAAGAAAAUGUGUUUGUCGUGCCAUAUUCUGACCACAGUUCCUACAGAGAACUAGUGGAGUUUGUAUCCAAGUUGAAACCUGCUUCAGUGGUGCCAGUCGUUCAUGGAGAUUCUAAAGGACCAUUCAAUGUUUCUUUGAAAUCCAGAGCAGAUAUGUCUGUAUUUGAUAAAUAUUGUCAAGGACAGUGUAACCAAAGGAGUUCAAGAAUGAGAGAAGUGCACGUGAAUGAGAUGGCUAAUGUUGAUCUUCAUCAUCAGGCAAGAAAACCAAGACUUAGGAAAUCAAGGUCUAAUCCUCGUUUUAAGAAGAGCAUACCGAGAGGUGUAGAGUUUCAAUCAUUAGAACUAGAAAUAUCAGAUUCCACUUCUGGAACCAGUGCUGCCAAGAAUUGUGCACCCACUUCAGAGGCAGGGAACACAGACAAACUCAAUGAUGCAAGGGAUGUAGCAAAAGAAAACUUCAGCCCAAAGAAUACAGAAUCAGAUAUUGGUUUGACGGAUGGUGAAGGUUUGUGCAGUGAGGAUGAACUAGAAGUUCAGCAGUCACAGGGGUUUGGAGUUUGUCAUGUUAUGUACCUUCAACAUAUGAAGGGUAGGUCAGAACAGAGAGGUGACACACAGGUGCUGGAUGUAGGUCAACCUGGUGGUUGUCAAGGAGGAGUGAGAGGUACUGAUAACAUGGUUGAUGAGACAAAUGAAAGCAAAGAGGUUGUACAUAAGGAAAGAUGCAUAGAGAUGUUGAAAGCUGAACCUUCUCCAGGAUAUGAGACAUCAUGUGGCGGUGAUGUCACAGAUUGCUUUGCAUCUGAGAGUGACUUAGAUGAAGCUCAGGAAACUGACCUUUAUGAUGAUGUAAGUUUUGGUAAUACAGACUUGGUUGAGAAGAACCUUCAUAAAGGUCUUGAUAGUGAUACACAAGGGCAUUGCAACCUUGGUAAAGUUUUGAGUGAGAAUGUCUCACAUGAAGGUGAGAGUGACCUUCGUAAAGAUGUGAGUCUGGAUGACUCUGGGAAUGACCGUAACAAGGAUGUGGUUGAAAGUGGCUGUUAUGAAGCAAAGUGUGACGCAGUGUCUGUGUCAGAGUCGUCACCAGACAGUAAAUCAGACUCUGGUGACGCCUCUGGAGAGCAGAGUGAAUGUGAUGAUCACUCCACCCCCAGCUCACACCAAGAACAUCUUUUCUCAGUGAACACUUGCAAAGAAUGGAAUCCACCUGUCUUGUCACAGACUGAAUCUCAAACCGUGAGUGGCAACAAGAGACGAAGAUGUAACAUCUACAGAAUCAAAAGAAAACAUUCUCUCUGUCACACUUCUGAUGAUGAGAUGAGAGACAGGGUUGAGGAGUUAUGUGAGGAUCAGUUUGAAACUCCUUCAUCAUUCUCAAAAAGACGAAGAUGUAGCAUUAGCAGUGAUACUGAAAGGUCAUUUUCGAUGGAUGUGCAGCUGAGUUUGUCAGUGAAACGUGUACUGUGUCACCCUCGUGAUGCUGUAGCUCAGUCUAAAUACAACACUGUUCUAUGUAUACAGAAGUGGUUGGAUCGUCACGGCUCACCAGCUGAUGAUAGAUGAACCAUCUAAUAUAUACUACCCAACAUUUGAUAGAGAUAUUUUGAAGGGUCCAGGUGGGGAAUAGAUUGAUUGCGAUUUGGGCUGGACCUGUCGCAUGUUGGCUUGUCCGAUCGUUGCUCAUGCUGUCAACCACUGGUUUGUCUGGCCAGACAUCUGUAUUAACACGCCAUCACAGUAUAGAUGGAGUGUUGUUGGCUUCAGUGUAAAACAAUGUUCACUCAUUGGUAACCAACCUCAAAAAGCUUAUCUCUUCAGGGUGGUGUUUGUGGGCUCAGAUGAUCAAUAUUUUGUAUGAUUUUGUAUUUUGAUGCUAUGUUGGCUUUUAUCAUAUAUUCUGUGCAGUAUUCUUGGUUUUACCUCAACAGCAAUGUCUCAGGAAAAACAAUGUAAUUCUUUGUCCACAUGUACUGCACCAGUAUCAUAACGUUAUUGUCAAAUUGUAUAUGUUUACUCGCCAGAACAGAAGAUGUCUUUAACAACAAAAUAAAAAAACAUGUAAUGCCUUUCAAGCUUGUUUUGUUCAUCAAUUUAUCAGUUA